AUGGUGGCUCUCCUGUACAGUUUGGUAGUUUUGUGGGUAGUUAAUGUCUGCCAUUCGUCCUUGUUGACAAGAACGGUGACAACGAUGUCGAAGCGCACAGGAUUCCCGAACACGACCACCCCGGCGGCAGCAGGGCUGACGUAUCGCGGGAUUGUGGAGAACAUGAGCAUCCCCGCCGAGCUGCACCAGCGACCUGAUGGUAGACCCUACGCCACCUUCGGGAGCGUCGUGCCCAUCCACUGCUGCACGCCUGAACAGGUGGAACAGCAUCGUAAGACGACGCACCACUACUGCGACAUCUUCACCGACGAGACGCUGGCGCCGCUCGGAGACCUGGUCUACGUCAGGAUUGAUGAGAACACCGCAGAGAAGGUGUUCAUCAACCGGCGGCAGCGCGUGCUGCUGGUGUCGAGCGACGGCGUGCUGGCGCAGUGGCGGCUGGCGCCCAGCUUCGAGUCCGCCAACCUGUACCUGGCCGGGACUCCCAUCGUGGACCAGGCCGGACACCUCGUGUCCGUCGUCACUGCCAAGUGGGGCAGGCACUACGCUGUGUCUGCUCUCGAGGGCGAGGGAGGUUACUUCGACACAUCACUUCCCUGGGAGACACUGACGAUUCCAGAGGGGUCGUCCGUGUACGGCAAUAGAACGUUCAAGUCGCGGGACGAGCUGAGACAGUACGUGGCCAGCCUGCCCCCCGCGGGCAGCCCGGCGGCGGGGGAGGUGUCCCCCCUGCUGUACAGGGGGGACAGCCCCCGCCUGGUGCUGGUGUCUCCGUCGGGUCGCCAACUGUCGCACCACUACCUGCACGGAGUCAUCGCCAACGAUGUCGAGUACCUGUGA